UCUUGAAGUGGUUUGCAGCAUAAGGCCAGCUCUCGGCGACGUUACAACCCAAGCGGGAGAAAGAUCAGCAUUCUACGACCUGAGCCGCCGUCAACCAUUCCGAGCUCUCCCACCAAAAAAAGCUCUGGUCCAAAAAAGAAGUACUGUCGCCAGAGCCGAGCAGCAAGAGCAUCUCGAUCUUUGUUUUUCGACAUGGCAUCGACGAAACCCCACGAGACCACCGAGGCAGGAGUGAGCAGACGGCUCGUCAGCUCCGGGUCUGCGUUCGAGGCGAGGAUUGGUUAUUCCCGGGCCGUUGUGACGGGGGACUGGGUGUUUGUGUCUGGAUGCACGGGGUACGACUACGCGACGGGCAAGAUCUCGCCUGACCCAAUCCAGCAAGCCGAGCAGACGAUGCGCAACAUCUCGGCCGCACUCGCGCAAGCGGGCAGUUCCGUGGACGAGGUCGUCCGGGUGCGCUACAUUGUCCCGAGGAGGGAGGAUUUCAAGGAGAUGUGGCCAGUCUUGAGACGCUGGUUUGGCGAUGGCGAUGACGAUGGUGAUGGUGGUGAUGGUGAAGAUGGGCAAGGAGAUGGGAGUGGGAGUGGGAGUGGCAGGAGAAAGGGACCUAGACCGGCGGCCACGAUGCUUAGUUGCGCCCUGCUGGAGGAGGAGAUGAAGGUUGAGAUUGAGGUUACUGCCAGGAAAGGGUCUGCCUUGCUAAGUCACGAGGGAGGUUCUGUGCCGGACCUUUGAGAUAGGGAGGCACUUGACAUCGUGGAGAGGCCAGGUGCCUAGAAAGUGAGCUGUGAGAACCCACAACUCUUCAUCGACCGUGUCUCUGUCGAUGGAGUUCAACAUUGGACGGCUAUUGUGACCGAGAUUGAGCAGUUAUGUGAUCUCUUUGCGUUGUUGCGGGAAGGGCGCGAAGUUGUACUGGCCAACAAUCAAGUAAGGUACUCGUCAUUGAGAAGGGAAGCUAAAUGUUCAUUUCUCUGUCGGUCAGGCUCAUUCAAUGGGCAGUCAUCCUUGGCGCAGCACCUCGUGGAUUAUCAGUCUCGGACAAGCCAGUACGCGCUAACACACCAACAAAGUAUCUAAACCUCCGC